UGUGACCAACAUCUGAUGACGUAGCAGGUAAAUAAGCAAAAUAUCAACAAAGUAUCGUGACAGCGGAAAAGUAACUGCGCCAAAUCUCCGAGCCAGCAGAAAACGUCAAUUGAUGGCUUCAACACAACGAGCCGAUGUGUCAGAGGAUCUUCACGACUCCUGGGUUGAGCUGAAUACCUCUGGUCCACAGGAUCCCCUGGUGCCCCAGUCUAUAUACAAUGGAAACCUGGAGAAACUGCUCAUAGAUGCACAGAAGGAAUCACGCACACCAUCACGUGCCAACAGUAAAGAAUCCUCUGCCAGGGAAAGCCCAAAGAGCCCGCACAGUCCUAAUAAUGAGCUGGUGAUGCAGGACGCAGACAGAGACCCAGGAACAGACUGGAUCUGGGAUUGGUCUAGUAGACCCGAGGCUCACCCUCCAAGUGAUUGGAGUGGAAGAUUUAAACACCGCAUUAGUCGAGACAAACUGACUGCCAGGAAUACUCGAGUAACGAAGAACGGCGUGUUCACCAUUGACAAUCUACCCCAACUUCUCCUCACACAUGCCUGUUCCUUCUUCUUGGGGGCUGCAGUAAUGUUUGUAUGUCUGAAAAGAUACUGCAGCUGGGCCACAGUUGCAUCCCCAGCAAUGGACUGAGACCUGCAGAAUUGUACCAUGGAAAUGCAUUCAGGAUCAUCAAAAUUGUUCUAACUUCAAAGUUUGGAUUUUCUGCCUAGAAAUCCAGUUCUGGAAAAAGAAACCAACCCCAGGAACCAUUCCCUAUCCAUAUCAUUUGGAAUCAAAAUAUUGAUAUAAGUCACCAAUGACGAAUAUAAUUAUAAUAUUGACACAUAACAUACCUAUGUAUGUGUUGUGUAAGGUAUAUGUUUUUUUAUUGAAGUUAAAAUAAUCAGUUGCUAUAAUGAGUCUGGUUUUAGCCCAACAAACUAAGUCUAGGAGUUAAAUUUGUAAUUUUGUAUGCACAUUUUACUGUUUUAAAACCAGUACCCAUUAAUUGGGGACAGUGUCUAGUCAACUCCAACCCAUCCCUCCCUCCCUCCAAAUUUCUGUAUCACAUUUGGCAGAGUCCA